UCAAUAAAAAAAGACCUUCAUCUUCUCAUUCUUAUUAUUUCGAUCUCUUCUUCGUAUCAUCAUCAUCAUCAUCUCUCAAAACCCUAAAAUCGCAACGCUCUCCAAAUCUCUUACGAUUCUCUCUUUCAAGAUGCAAAUUUUCGUGAAAACACUCACUGGCAAGACCAUUACUCUCGAGGUUGAGAGUUCUGACACCAUCGACAAUGUUAAGGCUAAGAUUCAGGACAAGGAAGGGAUCCCUCCGGAUCAGCAAAGGUUGAUCUUUGCUGGUAAACAGCUAGAGGAUGGUCGUACCUUGGCGGAUUACAACAUCCAGAAAGAAUCAACCCUUCACUUGGUUCUCCGAUUAAGAGGUGGUAUGCAGAUCUUUGUGAAGACGUUGACUGGUAAAACCAUCACCCUCGAGGUUGAGAGUUCGGAUACGAUUGACAAUGUUAAAGCUAAGAUUCAGGAUAAAGAAGGGAUUCCUCCGGACCAGCAGAGGCUUAUCUUUGCCGGUAAGCAGCUUGAGGAUGGUCGCACGCUAGCUGACUACAAUAUCCAGAAAGAGUCUACUCUCCACUUGGUGCUUCGUCUCAGAGGUGGUAUGCAGAUUUUUGUGAAGACCCUUACCGGAAAGACCAUCACUUUGGAGGUUGAGAGCUCUGACACAAUUGAUAACGUCAAGGCUAAGAUCCAGGAUAAAGAAGGAAUCCCACCAGACCAGCAGAGGCUCAUCUUUGCAGGGAAACAGCUUGAAGAUGGACGCACCCUUGCGGAUUACAACAUCCAGAAGGAAUCAACCCUUCACCUUGUUUUGCGUCUCCGUGGUGGUAUGCAAAUCUUUGUGAAGACUUUGACAGGGAAGACUAUCACUUUGGAGGUAGAGAGCUCAGACACAAUCGAUAACGUCAAGGCCAAGAUUCAGGAUAAGGAAGGGAUCCCUCCGGACCAACAGAGACUCAUCUUCGCUGGGAAACAGCUUGAGGAUGGUCGGACUCUUGCAGAUUACAAUAUCCAGAAGGAAUCAACCCUUCACUUGGUUCUUCGUCUUCGUGGUGGAGACUUCUGAGCUUAUGGUCUGUAGUCAAAACUGGUGUUGUUUGAUUGAGAGACUCGUGCACCUGGAAGUUGACUUCUGCAAAAGAAAAAAGACUUUCUCUAUCGCUUUUCAUUUUCUGUUUUGGUUAUAUGUACUUUUGUCGUAAACCUUUCGGCUCUGUAUGUUCCAAGUUUAAUAAUAAUAAUCCAAGUGCACGUUAAAAAUU